AUGGCUUCCCUCAAUGGCGCGCCCGCCGACACCGUGGCACCCGGUGUCGCCGACACAUCCAUUACCAAGGAAGGCUUCAAGAUCACCACGCGCAAGCUGCCCAUCCUCAAGGCCGGCCCAAUAGAGGACAUGACCAAGAAGCUCGGGAUCGCGCCGCCCGAGAUGAUAUUCGGAGACAACAUGAUGCGGAUAGAACACGCCCAGAGCGGCUGGUACAUUGAAUUCAAUGCCUUCGAUGCGCUGGACCUGGUGGACAAGACAGGCGAGAAGAUGUUCAAGGUCUCCUACUCGAAAGAGUGGCAGCAAAAUAGACAGAAGCAAUUUGAGGACAUCAAAGAAGUCGUGAAGCCGUUCGACUGGUCCUACAGCACAGAUUACAAGGGCACCACACCACAAACGCCCGCCUUCGAGCCUACCGAAACCCCGAUACCACUCCACCUUCUCAAGCGCCCCGACCCAAUACACUUCUUCGACGAGCUGGUACUUUACGAAGAUGAGCUAGCAGACAAUGGCAUCGCCAUGCUAUCCUGCAAGAUCCGCGUCAUGCCACAGCGCUUGCUCCUCCUUGUGCGCUUCUUCAUGCGCUUGGAUGAUGUAGUAUUCCGGAUACGCGACACGCGCGUGUUUGUCGAGUUUGGGGACAACGUGGUGCUGAGAGAGUACACGGCGAGAGAGGAGAAAUACGAGGAAGUGCGGAAGAAGCUCGCAGGACGGAAGGAAGACGUGCUUGCGAUAAUGCGAGACCCUAACCGCUUGGCAGAACAUAUACCCAUAGUGGAGCAGAAGCUUGAGGGGUUACAACUGAAGUGA